GACCCUUAGGGAUAUCCGAUCUCUUACCGGAAUCUAACCGCCUCAAAUCUGCGGUCUCUAUCAGUUUCAAUCUCAAUACCAUCUCAAAUACAAUAGAUUCAGAGAUUUUAUACUCCUGCUCAUGGACCAAUAACUAAAGACAGAGCAUAUAUUCAAUGCAAUUUCAAAACCUCUUACCUUGUGCGCUGGCACAGUGCGACGGAUUGCUAGAUCCUUUUCAAAGUUUAUCUAGGCGCCGCCGGAUGACGGAUGACAUAACCGGUUGUCUACAUAUGUCAUACGCGUCAAACCAUUUUUUUUUCAUUUUCCAUUAUAAAAAAUAAAAUUGGGAAUUGAGAGCAUACCAGCAUACUCAUGUUAAAAAUGUUAAAUUAUGGUAAUCAUUUUUCAAUUAAAUUUUCUAUUUUCUAAACUAGUUACCAGAAGUAAAGAAUAUUUACGCGGUAAUAUGGUCGUCUUUUGCUGAGAGGCCCUUAUACCUAUUUAUUAGGAAAGUUUCAAAAUUGUUGGCAUAGGUUUAAACGAAAAAGAUGAGCGACCAUACGAGUUUAACUCAACAUUCAUUAUUUGCAUCCAAGCCUAGAUAUAAAUAUCGAAGUUUUGCAGCACAACAGUUUGAUUUUGUAUUUCACGGUUUGCCUUAUACUGAUAUAGAAGACCCAACAAGAAGACUUGUUAUACAUUUCCUAAAACAAACGGCCGAUAAAUUAGACAAAAAUGUGACGGAAAAUGAAAUAGAGAAAAGAGCUAAAGCAUUAUACAAGAAACAUGGAUUAUCCUGGUUCAUGCCAGUGGGCAAUGAAGAAAAGGCUCAAGCCAUCGUUAAGGAGUCUAUGAAAAAGGAAAACUUUGAUAUUGACAUUAGCGACCUCGAUAUAGAAGAACAUCCUUCACAAGAGGUUCAAAAAAAGUUAAGCUUACUUCUACAGUCAGCACACAAAGAUGAGAAUUCACCAGAUAAGGAAAAAUUCCUGUCAUAUGAAGCCCCUCCAAUAAAGCAGGAGAAAAAAAGACUGACAAGUCAAAGCUUUGAGGAUAGUGAUGACAAUUCUGUCUCAGAUAAAGAAAACAAUUUGGAGCAAUACACAACAUGCUCCUUAAUGAAGUCAGACACUACAAGACAAUUAAGGGAACGGAAUUAUAAAUUGCCCACAGUGCCAGAAGGGUCUCCAAUUAAGAAGCUACGGCUGGAUACUAUGGCCGACUUCCAGGAAGACUCGUCCCAUUCCUGUUUGAUAAAUGGAGAUGGAGCAACUAAUUGCAACAUUGCUACGCUGUUAAACAUGGGCAACACUUGUUUUUUUAAUAGCGUUUUAUAUGCACUAAGAUUUGCUCCGACAUUUUUGCAUAAUUUGCAUCAUCUAUUGGCAGAUAUUAAUUUUGUGACUGGAAAGUUAAAAGAAACCAAGACUAAAACAAGUAGCUUGGGUAGAAAUGGCAGUGCCAUAAGUGGAAGUAGCUGGAGAAGUUCGAGUAGUAAAGAUUUAUUGUCUAUAGGUAAUAAUGAUGUUAUUCCAAAAUCAAGAGAUCAAAUAGUGACUGAGAAACUCCACGCGCUUUAUAUGACAAUGAGUAAUCUGGAAACAAAGGAUUCUCCAGACCCUUAUCAACCAGAAGCUUUAUUACAGGCAAUCAGAGAUGCCAAGUCAUUAUUUGAAGGAAAUCAUCAGCAGGAUGCCCAUGAAUUUUUUGUGGAAUUACUUAGUUGCCUGAGGGUUACCUGUGACAAACUGAACCAACAGAUCGAUCAAAAUCCAGAGUUAUUGAAACCAUCCGAGACUGCUUCAGCUAACAUAAACAACAGCAAUAGCAAGUUUUUUAAUGUUAGGACUUCACGAAAGAAACCUCUGAGAAAGGCAGAGAAAAAUAAUGUGAAAGAAAAUGGCACUUCCGGAGAGACAGUGUCAAAUGGAUGCAGUCCCGAAGCAGACAGGAAAAAGUUAGGUUAUAAUUUUAUAACUGAAGAGUUUGAAGGAGUCUCUAUCCACCGAACGAAGUGUCUAGAGUGCGAGGAGAUUAGCGAACUCAAAGAGCCCUUCUUGGAGAUUCAGGUUCCAGUCAAUGCUAAAGAUGAGGAUUUUCUCUCAAACUGUCCCGAGAAUUCUAUUUUCGGCACAGUGUGCGUAUCUUCCGAAAAACUAUGUGAUCAGAACAAAUAUUUUUGUGAGAUUUGUAAUCGUUAUAAUGAAGCUUCCAGGAUGGUUGUUUACGAGAAAUUACCGAACACGAUGGUCCUUCACCUGAAGAGGUUCACCACCUCAUCAUCAGGUGUGGCAAAAGUGAAUUCGUUUGUUCCGACACCUCUAGAAAUUCGAUGUUUUUGCGAGGGGUGUAAUAAAAUUGAGAGAAAUAGGACGACUCCUCACAAAUACCGACUAAGCUGCGUUAUCAUGCACUUGGGCACCAGUAUGGCCUCGGGCCAUUAUAUUGCCUACUCCAGAGCUUCGCCACAGGCCGGAGACUACACCGACUGCUCUAGAAACAUCCCAAAGGGGUACCAGGGCAAGGAAAUCUCUGUGAGCUUCUUGAAGUUCUUCAAAUCGAAAACCUUGGGGGCCAAUCCGAUUAACGAGACGGCCCAGAACGGUUUAGGACCGAAGAACGAAGUGCAAGUGUGCCAAAGCAUCGGUUGUUGCGGCGUCCGCAAAUUAAAUAUAAACGCAGCAUCGAGGUCGGGCGAUUGGCUGGAAUUCGACGACGAAAAAGUCAAGAUUUUGUCCGACAAGGAGUUCAUGGAGAUGCUGAGCAGGAAACACAACACUACCAAUACUCCAUACUUGUUAUUCUAUUCCAAGGUCUAACCCUCACGUCUAUGCAAGUUUGUACGAUUUCUUUCUCGUUUGCGUUCGGCAUUACACUUUUUUUAGUAACGCUAGUUGUUAUGUUUUUUUUUGCGUUUCUUUUGUUGUUAGUUUAUAUUCUUGUUGUAUAUUUAUUGUUCGUUUGAAAACAGUUUGGUAAUAUAUUCUGGCCUGUUGAUUAUAUAUUUCUACUAACAGACGCUCAUUGUUUAAAAAUGUUUGAAACAAUUCAGGGCUUUUAUUAAUUUGGAAAUAACAUAAAAUAUAUAUAUGAGUAUAUUCUCUCCAGCAAGAGAUAUAAAAGAAGCAAUAUGUAGCUAAAUUAUUUUACUUUUCACUACCUCUAUUUAAAUUAAAAAUAAAAGUUCCUAUCUGUCGAUUAUAUGAGUGACACCCUGUGGAAUAUGUUAAGACAGUAAGGUAUUUAAAAAUCCUUUUAUCAUCUAUGUUCAUUCUUUCUCGAUAGUUUGUUUUUUGGUUCAUCUCAAUAGCUUUAUUUUUGUAGGAGAUAUUUGCUUUUGAAGAAGACACUAACAUUUUUUUUUAAUUUUUACAUUAAAACCAUGCGUUUGCUUUUGGUCAUAGUAAACAGACUAAGUUGUGGUCACGAAGUAGGUGUUCUUAACGUAAAAUUUGCUUUGCUUAAUCGUCUUCUUACAGUCCGUUCGUUUAUAUUUACGUUCCUUAGUUUACUAUAAAUUUGAAAAGCUGGCAAACGGCGUGACGGUUUCUCAGCAAUAAACUUACAAUAAAUCGAUUGUCUCGAUUCGAAGUUCUCAUACGAAGGUUUCUAAACGUCCAGCGUAUGAACCUGUCUUGAAGAAGCGACUGCACUAUACUUCACGCACAUCCAAAUCUGUUAGCGACAUAAUUUUGAUCUCUCAUCAUCAAUUAAAGAAUCUAUAGCGGAUACAACUUCUGGACUAAAAACCAUCUCUGCUAGACUAAGUGCCUAAGAGCCAACGGACAAUAAUAGUAUGAUUUUUCAAUAACAGUGACAUUACAUAAAUCAUAAACACUAUUUAAUAGGUCUGUUGACUGGAACCAAAAGCAAAGGCAUGGUUUUAAUGUAAAAGUUAC